UUACUAAAUGCUGGACUUGAUACUGCACAAAAGCUUGACAACGUUAAAGCAACCAAUAUAUUUAGGUUACGUUUUGCUGUAGUUAACGCCUGCAACCAGGUUUUCACUACCAGUUAACGUUAACUAAAGUAGGUUUCAUUUUUACGGGGAAAGCUGGCUAAUAUGAGUUAUUAGCACCGUAUACGUUAGUAUAGUUAGCACUAAACAGCCAGCUUUCGGCCCCUGGCACUGCUAAUGGUGUCAUGUUUUCCAACUCAAAUUACUUAACGUUAACGUCAACUGAGACACAGUAACGUUAUGCAUAUUAGUUAAGUUGGGCCUUUAACUAGAAACGUUUUAGUGUCACAAGAAUGACAUAACGUUAAGUUCUUAACAACCCUGCUCUUCUACCAUUGUUGGGUAUGGUUGGAGAUUAGGGGCUGGGUGGUUACGGUGCAUCGGGUGAGGGAGCUCUGGUUGUCCAGGGUGCGACGCAUUACCUGGUUGAGUUAGCAGACAAGCUAACGUUAGUGCAUUAGCAUAUGAGGGUUGACCUAGGGGGCAUAUUGUUAGGUUGUGAGGGGUACGGGACCAACGUUAUGUGGUUUAGGAUUUACAGGCCAGGUGGUUAGCCUCGCCCAAAGUACACUGCGGUGUCUUAUGUUAGCUUUUCUGCUAACCGAACAAAACCAGCUAAGUUGCGUCGCAUUAGCAUGUGCGUUGGUUAGGUUCGCACAUCACACGUUCGCAUGAGUGAAAUCAAGGAGCAGCUCCGUUGUCUCUGCACGUUCAAAUACGUAUCUUUCUCAUGGCCAUAGACACGUUAACUAAAAGGGAACAUUAAUAGCUGUGCGAAGUUAACAGCAUUGUUGUUGGACGUGAAUCGGUCGCCUAACAGAAAGGCUGCGGACUCAACUGGGCCUUCAACAAGGACCCCAAAAAAAACAGUGGCGGGAGACCGUCCAAACAGAACCAUGAUUAUAACUCCUUCAUGUUAUGAACGUUACUUGACCUUUAAUACAACAGUAUAUAAAUAAUACCAAGGAAUGGAUUGUAAAUCGAGUAACAAGGCAAACAAGAAACUUAUCCAAGCUCGUCUCCCAUUUAAGCGCAUGAACCCUGAACCUAAAGACAACCUGCAACCUAAACGUGCUUGUGCACACGCCUGCCCCAAGGCAGGAGUCCCAGACGGAGAUGAUGAGUCUGCUGCUCUCCCUGUUCAAAGUGGACCACCUUUGGUUAACGGUCGUGGGCCCCUUGAUGGCUUCCUGUGCCGUAGGCGAUCCGCAGCCUCAGAUGAGAAUACGGUUAUAGAUUUGACCGAGGACAGCACCUCAUCUCCCCUUAAGUGCCUUACCCCUCUCGCUUCUGCUGCUUCUCCCUGCCUUGAAGACGAGCAUCAGGGCAAAGACAAAACCACAUCCUAUGGAAAACCUUUUAGUGUGGAUCACUUUCCUAAAACACACACUUUACACGGCACGGUAGACAGCGAAGAUGAGGAGGAGGAGGAGGAGGAGGAGGAGGAAGAAGAAGGUGAUGAUACUGGUAAUCAGACCGCAUUUAAUUCUCAGCUUGACUCAACACAUGAUUCUGAAAGUGGGCCAGAGGAGCCGGACGUGUCAGGAAACCGGUCAAUGCUGUCUGCUUCAUCGGUCAGCUCCACAUCUGAAGGCUCACCAGAGAAGUCUCAGACCGAUGACCUCACUUCCACUAGUACACCCACACAGCCAAAUACAACUUCCAAGACUUCAUCUGAUCCGAAGAACCCGAGAAGACGCUCGUCGAAGAGUGAACAAGAGGAGAAAGUUCGUCUGCAACAGGAGAAGGAACGGCAGAAGGAAGAAACUAAAGCUGCAAAGAUGAAAAUAAAGGAAGAGGCUCGCCGGCUAAAAGAUGAACAAGAAAAGGAAAAACGAGAGAAAAAAGAGCGAGAGAAGCGAGAGAAAAAGGAGAAAGAAGAGAAGGAAAAGGCAGACAAGUUGAAAAUGAAAGAGGAGUUGCGGAAAUCAAAGUUAGAGGCGAAGUUAGAAGAAAAACGGAAGAAAGAAGAAGAGAAACAAAUGAAGGAAGAGGAGAAACGGUUGAAAGAAGAAAAGGAUCGCUUGAAAGCUGAGAAAGCAGAAAUUACUCGUUUUCUUCAGAAACCCAAGAUCCAACAGCCUCCAAAGACGCUUGCAGCUGCGUGUGGGAAGUUUGCUCCAUUUGAGAUAAAGGAGCACAUGGCUCUUGCUCCACUAUGCCGGGUUCAUUGUGAGGACUCCGCUCUGGAGGAGCUGGACCGGUGCUUGUUGAACCCUGCUGAUAACUUGAAUGGACUGAAAGACUGGAUCGGUCCAAUACCCCGACGCUCAGGACCCACCAACCCGAGACCAAGAGACCCGCUCUGUAAGUGUACAACAGCAGAAGGACCCAAAGCAGAUGUUCCAGAUCGUAAACGUUGUGGAGCCAUGAAGCUGCUGCAGUUCCAUGCAAACUACCGUCCAGCCUACUGGGGCACCUGGAGUAAGAAGAGUUCUCACAUCUCCGCUCGCUGCCCCUUCAAACAGGACAAGAAACUGCUCGACUAUGAGGUGGAGAGUGAUGAAGAAUGGGAGGAAGAAGAACCAGGAGAAUCCCUGUCACAUAGUGAAGGGGAAGACGAGGAGGAAGGAGGUGAAGAUGAUGACGAUGAUGAUGGCUUCUUUGUUCCUCAUGGAUACCUCUCAGACGAUGAAGGGGCUCCAGAAGAAGAGGAGGGCGGUGACUUGGAGAAGCAGAAACUACGACAAAAAGUGAAAGCAAGGGAGUGGGACGAGCUGAUGUGCAACAAGAAGAGGAUGAAGGUGCUGGAGCCAGUCGUGAGGGGCUGCGUCUGGGAGGAAGAAGGUCCUGCUUUGCAGCUCUUCCAGCUUUAUGCUUUGUGUCUGGUCCAUCCUUUACCCAAAGUAGAAACCAGCCCGAGUCCAGAGGCGUCCACACAGAAGCGUCAGAGGGAAGCGCAACUACUCACUCAGCUGCUUCCUCUUCUGCACGGCAACCUGAACAGCAGCAAAGUGAUCAUCACUGAGUUUCAGGAGUUCUGUCGUCAGCAGAGCUCCUCCUCCUCGCCCCCUGAACUGUUGAGUCCUCAGAGCCAAGCAGAGAACAUCCCCACCAGAAUACAAGUGAAGCGUCUCAUCAAGAGCAAUGCUGUUUAUGAGAAGCGCUCCACCUACCGGCGCUGCUGCUGGUACGUACACGCUGCGGUUCUGACCCGCUGUGACCAGGAGGCCCUUCCUGUUCCCUGCCAAUGGACCUACCUCACCACCGGAGCUCGAGAAGAGUCCCGGGAAGAACCGCAGGCUGCCACGGGCUCCCAGGGGAGCUCACCCACCACCCCUCAGACGUCCUUGUCCUCCAACAAGAGGAAGAGCUCGGGCAGCAUGUCCAUAACAAAGUUCAUGAAGAAAUGCUCCGACCCAGAGCAGACGGAAACAAUGGAGGUAGACGGAUUCCAAGCAGAUACCGAGGAAGACGACGAGGAAGACUGUGUGAUCAUCGCCACUCACAGCGACUCCACCACAAAGACCUCCACCGGCGACGGAGCGGGACCGAUGGAGGUCUCCUCCUCUGACAUGGCGACACUUCCUGCUUCGGGAAUCUCAACGGCCUGAGGGCUCGUCGGAUCAGCUGAUUCCUCGGAGUGUUCUGACUUUGUCCUUGACAGAAUCUUCAAGCAGCAUCACCUCACAGCAGGUGACUUCUGCUCUGCAUCCAGUUCUUCUUUGGUUUCCUUGUCUAAAUGAUUUGCAGUCAUGUGGCUUGUGACAUGUAGUUAAAUCAGGAAGGUGUGAUAUAAUAAUUAAGGGACGUUUGGUUUUAAGUUUAAGGGUCUGAUUUCUGUGCUGAGAAACCUCGUUAGCGUCUCUGGAAUCAGCUUUGGCUCUUUUAGUUGAUCAAAGGGAGAAAGAACGGAGUUCUCCAAAUAUUCAUUAGAAGCAUUCAAGAGAACCGCUUCAACAGUUCAGAACAACAUUAUUUACAGUCCUUGAACUGUUGAUCUAUGACAGAAUUGGGCAUCUAUUCUAAAUGUGUCUUUGUAUGUAUAUAGUACAAGCAGAAUAAGUCGGGUAGUGAGGCUGAAAGUUCUUCUGUACAUUUACAAAAAGUGAAUUUAUUCUGCUGUUUCUGACUGCGGACUCACUGACUAGAUUUUAGAUCUCUGCUUGAAAAGUUAGCUCCAGUCACAUUGUUUCAUAAAUAUGUAUUUUUUUCAAGAAUACUUGAACAGGAUAAAUUCAUUAAACAUGAAUAAAAGUACUGCACUUUUAUAUAUUCCAA